AUGGCCCGAUCAACAGGAGUGGCCUCCAGUGGGCGAAAGCUAAAUGGAAGUAAAACUGAUGAAGUGGUUUCCAAAGAAUUGCAAACAGACACACAGAGUCAUAUAUUAGAUCCGAUCAAUUUGAGUGAAGUGGACACUGACCUCAGGAGCUACAGGGAGCAUCUCAAUUUUGAUAACGCUUAUGAUGACAGUGCAUCAUCUACACCUAAAUUAUCGCCUAUAUCCGAGCCGGGCUCAGUUACUUCGGCUGAUAUGUCUCCAAGUGCCCUUCGUGGUCAAACUUUACAUCGGCGUACAACAUCAAGCUCAUCUGCUUCUUCGUUAAGUAAUGGAUUUGUUCUGAGUGCUGAUCGUACAUCGAAGGUGAAACAAACUGAAGUUCACUUGGAAGGUAGUGAGAAAAAAGUUCUCAAAUCUAUCAAUGAAAAAUCAGCUACUAAGAAAGAGCAUAGGAGAUAUAGCUAUCGGAACCUGAGUAGCCAUUCACAGGCCAGUAUUCUGGAUGCUGAAGCUAGUCGGUCGUCUGUUUUUUUUGGCUUCUAUACACUUUUUUGGGUGACUAUAGCUUUUCUGAUUGUCAGAGGCUCAAUUUACAACUACAUACGGACUUCACAAUUACUAGGUACAAAUAUUGUCGAUAUUUUACGGAAAGACUUGAUUAAGAUUGCUCUGACCGAUGUUGGUUUAUAUUUGGGUAUCUAUUUUGCAUUUUUUUGGCAGGUUGGAAUCAAAUAUGGCAUUUUGGAUUGGAAUCAGUCUGGUUGGAUUGUACAACAUAUAUGGCAGGCCUGCUAUUUAGGCUUUGUUCUAUGGUUUAAUGAAUAUAUGCAGUUCCCUUGGAUUGGUUGUGUAUUUCUUCUACUUCAUUCUUUAGUCCUGGUUAUGAAACAGCACUCAUAUGCAUUUUAUAAUGGCCACUUUUGGUCUAUAAAGUCCGAGUUGGAUACUGCCUCUGCCAAACUACUAAGGAUUGAAUCUUCUAAUUCCAUAAUAACACCAGAAGCCAGAGAGGUUAUCGGUAGACUCAAGUCACAGAUGGAAUUCUGUUCUGAAGAAUUGCGUUUGCAAUCUGAGAAGACACCAUUCCCAGCAAACAUCAAUCUCAAAAACUUUUUUGAUUACAGUAUGUUUCCUACACUGGUUUACCAAAUCGAGUAUCCAAGAACAUCAAAAAUAAGAUGGGGAUAUGUACUCGAAAAGACCUUGGCAACAUUUGGAGUGUUCUUCCUGAUGAUUAUUGUGGCUGAAAACUACCUUUAUCCGAUAGCCAUGCGGGCUCUUGCUCUCCGUGACAAUACGUUGUAUGAGAAGGUUUUACACUAUCCGCUGAUUCUAAUGGAUCUUGUCCCACCAUUCAUAUUGAUAUAUUUGCUAGUGUUUUACAUUAUCUGGGAUGCAAUUCUCAAUGCUAUUGCUGAGUUGACCAGAUUUGGAGAUCGUCAAUUCUAUGGGGAAUGGUGGAAUUGCGUUACCUGGGAUCAAUUCGCCAAGGAUUGGAAUACGCCUGUCCACCGCUUCCUACUUCGCCAUGUUUAUCACAGCAGCAUCUCGUCUUUCCAUAUAUCGAAGCAGCAGGCAACCUGUAAGUAUAAAUUAGUACGGACGUGGCGUAUUUUUUAUGAAGUUUGA